AGGAUUACAAUGGUGUCCGUCAUUUAUGGAACGUCUGCCAAUUAGCGCAACAAAUCGAUCGGUAGCCUACCUUUUAAUCGUCUGUUGGACAUCAAUAAACCAGCGGUAAUGUAAAGAUGGCGAGACUACUCCACAACUUACUGUUGUUGACAGUUCGGCUCACGAUAAAGGUGAGAGUUUUAGGCUAUUGGUCUUUGAUUUACGGAUAUUGUGCCCUCUGCACAGCCGUAGCGCUUCUGAAACUUUGGUGGAGCCUCCUCCUCAGGCCAACGACCACCUUCCAGUGGGCAGUAAGAGAGAGCCCCCCUGCCUGCCUGAAUGACACGUCCUUGGGAACACAUUGCUACGUGAGAAUAAAGGAGUCUGGUCUGAGGUUCCACUAUGUGGCUGCAGGAGAGCGAGGUCGGCCCCUCAUGCUGCUGCUUCACGGGUUCCCAGAGUUCUGGUUUUCCUGGCGGUACCAGCUGCGUGAGUUUAAGAGUGAGUUUCGCGUGGUGGCGGUGGACAUGCGCGGCUAUGGCGACUCUGACCAGCCCCUGUCCCCUGAGAGCUACCGGCUGGACUACCUCGUCACGGAUGUCAAGGACAUUGUGGAGUACCUGGGUUACAGUAGGUGUCUGUUGGUGGGUCAUGAUUGGGGUGGCAUCGUGGCCUGGCUCUUUGCUAUCCACUAUCCGGAGAUGGUGGUCAAGCUCAUCGUGCUCAACAGCCCACACCCCUCCGUACUCGCAGACUAUGCUCUGCGCCACCCCAGUCAGCUCCUCAAGUCCAGCCACUUCUUCUUCUUCCAACUGCCUCGCUUCCCCGAGAUCAUGCUCUCCAUCAACGACUUCAAGGCUUUAAAGAACCUCUUCACCAGCCGCAAUACGGGGAUCGGCCGCAAGGGGCGCUGGCUGACCACGGAGGACCUGGAGACCUACCUGUACGCCUUCUCCCAGCCCGGGGCCCUCACCAGCGCCCUCAACUACUUCAGGAGCCUCUUCAGUGUUCUCCCGCUGAGCCAGACGUGCGUGCGGUCCCCGGUGCUCCUGCUGUGGGGCGAGCGGGACGCGUUCCUGGAGCAGGAGAUGGCGGAGGCCUGCCGCCUGCACAUCCGCAACCACUUCCGCCUCAACAUCAUCUCCGGCGCCAGCCACUGGCUGCAGCAGGACCAGCCGGACAUCGUCAACACGCUCAUAUGGACCUUCCUCAAGGAGGGAGAGGGACGCAAGAGCUACAGGAACUGA